AUGGACAUUCGAGUUUCUGAAACAGUCGUGGUUCGUCAAACAGAUACGCAACAAAUUGCUCCUCCGCCACCACCUCCUCCUAGUUCCCAAAUAUCUCUUCCUCCACCACCCCCUCCGCCGGCAAAUUUGCCUCUUCCUCCAGCUACAUUCAGUGAAGUUACAUUAGAGAAUUCCGUGGAAGAUGCUGCUAUUGAUAUUUCGUUGUUACUAAAGAAAAGAUUUGCCGAUUGUGGUGAGCCAAAUGAAUUCCACGCCGCUGCUCGCGCUGGCGACACAAGAAGAAUGGAUAACAUCGCUGCAAGGGAGCCCUCCCUAAUCAACAAAAAAGACAGCUUCGGACGCAGUGCACUGUGGAUCGUCGCUAGUGUUGAGCUUGAAUGGACUGAAAGAACGCUCCUGCACCUCGUGAAAAUGAAAAAUAUAGAUUUAGACGCACCAGAUGUCCGUGGACAAACUCCAGUCUUUGCAGCUGCGAAAUAUUGCCACACAAGGUCGCUUGAGAUCCUGCUAGAACACGGAGCUGAUCCGAAUGGAUCUGCUGACUCGGCAGAGAGCCCCUUGCAUGUUUCAGUGAGGGACGGAAUGCCAAAAGUAGCAUCAUUACUAUUAAAGUACGGAGCAUCGCCCGAUGGAGAAAGACCAGGGCUUGAGCAUCGCGUUAACUUUGGAACUAUUCCUAUAUAUACUGCGAUAGUGUACGACCAAUUUGAAAUUUUCAUCGAGCUACUAAGAUACGGCGCAAACCCUGAUUUGCUGAUGAUUCAACCUGGCUUUACGAAUUCAAUGUUGGAAGGUCUCCUGAAGCAUGGAUCAGAAGUAAAAUGGCUGAAGGCACUUUUUAUUGCCGGAAUGAGUCCCUAUCAAAAUGUUCCUGAUAGACCAUUCUACGGGUCGAUGCAUAAACAUGCCUUGCUAGAUGAAAUUGCGAGCUCUAAACUUCAAGUUCGUUCGUUAAGAGCUCAAGCGCGAAAGGUAAUUCGACAGCACCUCCCUUCAAAACUCCUACCAUCCAUUCCACUCCAUAUUUCUCAUCGACUUCGCUGGUAUCUUCAACUACCUGAACUCGAGAAGCUGGCAAAGUCAGCCCCUGCAACUCCGCUUGAAGGAUAA